UUUGCGCUGUUUCAGACGGGUCAUUUUCAGCGACACACGAUCAUCAUUUCCGUGUUCAUAGAAAAUCACUGGCGGCAGCAGUAAAGUAAAACUACAGCUGAUGUGGCUCACGCGUGUGUUUUAAAACCACGGUGUCUGCGCUGGGGUAGUUGUUAGGUAGCUGCGGAGCAAAGCCUGCGUGUUUGUGAGACAGAAAAGUCAAAGCAGAGCCGGGUUCAACUUUCAGCUCCGGUUGUAGUUUCGUUAGCAUGGACGCUAACGGGGCGACGGCUAGCGUGGCCUCAGAGGAAGAGCACGUCCAGGAGGAGGAGGAGGAGGAGGAGGAGGAGGACCUGGAGUCAGCAAACAUCACGGUGGAAGACCUGCUGCAGAGGGUGCAGGCUGUGCAGACGGACAAGACAACAGAAGACUUGGGUGUCAACACGGACUCCGACUGGGAGAGUAAAGUGGCGGCCAUGUUGGAGUACAGCUCCAGCCUGACAGAGCAAUAUGACAGUCUGAUGAGGAAGCAGGACGAGCAGGAGGUGUCGCACGAGAAGGACAAACAACAACUGCAGAAGAAGAAGGAAGAGGCCACCCGCCACCACCAGGGUCUUCUGGACAAACUGGAGUCUCUGCGAGUUAAACUGCAGCUGAACAACUCCAAGGCCACCAGGAAGAACUUCUUAGCCAAGAAACAGGAAAUGAUGUCAGAGAAAAACAGAGCAAUGGAGGAGAGGAACAGGCUGGCCAAAGAGCUCGAGGAGAGCUCGAAAAAGCUAACUGCUCUCACAGAGGAGCAGAGCGAGGAGCAGAGGAGGUGGCAGGAGGAGCUGGAAGAGCUGAGGCAGGAGAUGGAGCGAGUGAGGAAGGCGCAGGAGGUCGAGCUGCUGGCCUUACAAGAUGAGAUCGUCGCUGUGGAAAAGCAGAGAGACGUCGCCAUGGCUCGCAUCGAGGCCUGGCUGAAAGAGGUGGCACAGUACCUGCACACUCUCAGGGUGGAAUGUCCGCAGCAGUAUCCACAGGAGAGACAGAAGUGGGAGAAGACGGAAAGUUUGGUCCGGAGAAACCAGGUAGAGCUUCAGAGCCGUUUCCAGGAGGUUCUGCAGCAGCUCCAGCAGGGUCGCGAGUUAGAGUCCCUCCCGAGGAUCAACGUACCGACUCUGCCGCAGGUCCCGCAGGCGGACCUGAAAUUCAAUCAGGUGAUGCAGUCACUGGUCCGCCCUCAGUACAUGCCCCCUCCUGCUCCUCUAAGUCCAGUGAACCGACCCCUCCCUCCCCAGAGACAUCCACACUUCUACCAGCAGUACCCGCCCCCUCACCAUCCACAGUACCGUCACCGCUACCACCACCCGCCACCCCCCCAUCAUUUCCAACCCCAACACCUACCUCCGCACCAAUUACAGCCUCCCUUCCCACCUCAGCCUCAGUUCCAGUCCCACAUCAGAGUACCACUGAGGGUGACUCCCCCACCCAAUCUCUCCCCGUCCCCUCCAGUUCAGCAAAUACAACCUGUGGUUCCUUCCCCACCUCCCCCUGCUGCAGCCACCUCUGCCGGGAAACUAGACAAGGUCCUGGAGAAACUCGGGACUCGGUUCCCUCAGUGCAACAGGGCUCAGCUGACGUCACUGCUCCAGCAGGUAAAGAGCUCCCGCGGUACACUCGCUGGCAUGUCCAUGGAGGAGGUCAUCGAGCAGGUCGGCUUCAAGCUAGUGCAGAACGAGAGGUCAGCCCCGGGGCCCAUCAGUAGGCCCACGCCCCCUGGCCCCAUCCAGAGGCCGACACCUCCCCUCCAGAGAACAGCAGCAAGUGGAGGUCAGGCUGUCAUGGCACGCAAACUCUGCCUGAUGUGUCAGAACCACGUGGAUCCAGAGAGCCGCCACCCACUGAGCUGCUCCCACACCAUCCACAAAGACUGCAUCAGAGUGUGGCUGCAGUCCAGCAAGAACAACUCCUGUCCCUUCUGCCCGGGGAAGUGACGGAGAAACCAAAGUGGUUAAACUUCAACUGUGACGCAGAGCCAUUAAGUAUUAAUAUUGUUAUUAUUAUUUUUAUAUUCAAAAGUGAAUCAGUUCACAGCAGAUCUGUGUAUUCAAUAGCUGUUUUUUGUAAAUUACAACCUACAAUAAAGAUCAUUAAAAAAAUAAA